GUAGCAAACUCUCCCCAAUGAAAGCCCGACCAUGCUGCGAGGAAGAAGCCGAGUUGAGGAGUAGCCCACCAGGUAUAAGAAAGGCCCCCAGAGAGAAGUAAGAAAGUCCCGAAUGAAAACAGGCCUCCCAGAAGGAAGGAUAUUGUUGACGCUGCCAGAGGUGUAUUCGGUAUGUUUCCACGUGGUUUCUGAUGGGCUGCGAUGGCACUCGUGGCCCAUAUUGAUUCUGGCAAAACUACCUUGACUGAGUCAAUUCUGCACAAGUCCGAAUACCUGACAGUCCCUGGCUCCGUUGACACUGGAAGUACUACGACGGAUUUCUUACCUGCAGAGCGAGAGAGAGGCAUUACCAUUCAAUCUGCGAGCAUUCCAGUUAAAUGGAAAAAGUGGUUCUUCAACCUUAUUGACACCCCAGGUCACGCCGACUUUGGAAUGGAGGUAGAAAGCGCCAGUCGCGUCGUAGAUGGCGCUGUCGUUCUCAUUGACUCUGUCGAAGGUGUGGAAUCCCAAACAAAAGGUGUCUGGAAGCAGCUUGAUAGAUACAAUGUUCCUACCCGCAUGAUCUUCUUGAACAAGCUUGAUCGUGCAGGCGCAUCGUUUUCUUCUGCUUAUUCUUCCCUCCUGGCGCAUCGUUUCCAUCCCAGACCUUUACCUAUAACGUUACCUGUCGCUUCCUUUGACGUGAAUGACUACUCGCAAGCGAAACCUGGGAUACAAGGUGUGGUUGAUCUUGUGCGUUGGGAAGCUUUAAAGUGGGACGAAGAAGGCGGCUCCUCCACCCAUCCCUUGCCUUUAGACGAGCAAGGAGUGGCGUCCGCCUCUGUGUUUCCGGUUGGCCAUCCUCUCAUAAAGCACUUGAUUCCAGCACGCAACUCUCUGCUCGAAAAUCUCGCGCUUUGCUCUGAUGACCUUAUGGAACAGCUUUUGGAAACACCGUCGUAUCUCUCUGUCUCUGGGAGCGACAUCAUCCCUCACUUACGGAAAGCAACAUUACGUAAUGAAGUUCUCCCAGUCUUAUGUGGUUCUGCAAUGAAGAACAUAGGCACGGAGCUCGUCAUGAAUUAUGUUGGUGACCUUCUGGCAAGCCCCAUGGAUGUCCGACUAGAAGGGGAGUCAACCAACGCACCGCUUCGUAUGCUAGCGUGGAAGGUUACCUGGGAUAAACGGAAAGGCUGGAUGACGUUCGUGCGCAUUUACUCGGGCUCGCUGAAAUCUCACAGCACCCUGGUGAAUGUCACCAACGGACAGAAAGAGAAGGUUUCCAAGCUCAUACUUCUUUACGCCUCUCAAGCGGAGGAAGUUGAUAACCUUUCAUUUGGGUCGGUCGGCGUCCUCCUUGGCCUGAAGCAUACUCGGACUGGCGAUACGCUCAUGGCAACACGGGCAGGACCUUCUUCUUCAAAGAUACCAACGUCACUCCGUAGUAUCGUCCCACCCCCGCCUGUUAUAUCUGCCUCUGUCAUGCCUAAUUCUCAUGCAGACGCGCAGCCUGUCGAGGACGCUUUGCAUGCACUGGCAAGGACCGAUCCAUCGGUCCGGGUGGAUGAUCAGGAAGGUCAAAAGCUCGUUCAUGGAUUAGGCGCGCUCCACUUGGAGAUUGUGGAGGGAAGGCUGCGAGACGAAUGGCAAGUGAACUUCGAGUUUGGUGCACGUCGCGUCAGCUAUCGUGAGACACUUGGAGCUGCGCCUGGUCCUGGCAAUAGUACCUGGUCGACAGAGAUAGCUGGGUGUGCUGUAUCUGUCCACGUAUCGCUGUCAGUAUCCAAUCUUGACUCAACCGAGCAGAACGACCCUUUGUGGGAUGGCAAUCUUGUGCUAGGUCCAGACGGUAAACGCCUGCCUCCCCCGGAUUCCUACGAAAACCAGACUGAGCCAUUGGCUAACAUCGCUCGUGGCAUAUACAACUCCUUGUCCAGCUCCCCUCAUACCUCUCUCGCGUAUUCUCAUGUCAAAAUCUGCGUCAAGUCUUUCAAAGCCCCCCAAGAAGUUACAUCCUCAGUGUAUGUCAGUGCGACUGGUGCUAUCCUGCGCGAACGGCUUCGGGCUGCCGGCAUGGGGUCCUUGAUGGAACCCUUUAUCAAACUGAAAAUUGCCGUCCUUGAAGACAGCAUUGGCAAAGUCGUCAAGGACCUUUCUGAAAGCGGCGGAGAAGUACUUGAUCUGGACUCUGAUCCAACCGCCGGCGCAGGUGAAGAAGAUUUGAACAAUUCUUACCCCACGGAUGGCCUCUAUAUUCCUUCUGAGGACAUCUCACCGUCAUCUGCAUCAUCAGCCUUCGCUGGUGCUGCAAACACCGCGCGCUCUUCAAAGCGUACGGUCAACGCCGUGGCGCCUCUUAGCAGGAUGCUGGAUUACUCUACUCGUCUUCGGGCACUCACCGGAGGGCACGGGACAUUUGAGAUGUCAAGCGCCGGAUUCAAAGAGGUUCCAGGCACGCGAAAGUCAGAAAUUCUCCGAGAGAUUGGAAAGGCAUAGAUUACUAUUGUUGAAGUUUAGGGUAGCCUAA